AUGUUACGAAUUGGAAUAAUUCUCGUCUUGAUGAUUGUACCAGGCUACCCAAUGCCAGUUAAAGAGUCCAAAGACGCUACAAUAUUUGAGGAUGAUAUUAUAAUAAAAGCACAACCAGAAACAACGACUCCACCAGCUGCCAUGAAUAUUUUUGAAGACCAUGUUAUGUUACGCAAGAGGCGAGAACUAGAAAGUCUCCCAUCUUCAGCAGAAAAAUCUUCACUAUUUGGAGAUGAGACGAACUGGUGGAAAGAUGAGGAUACAACUGGACAGCCAAUUGUUCCUCGUGAAAUGGAAAACGUUUUUGAAGAUCAUUUCAUCAUGAACAGAAAACCUGAUGUGGAUUCGACUGUUGCUGAGGACAACAUCAUGAUGAAGACCAACUCGGAUCCAAAGGAUUUAUCCAUUUUUGAGGAUAAUGUUAUGAUGCGACAGGGCAAUAUCUUUGAAGAUAAUAUUGCUAUGAAGCAAGAUGAAAAAACCCAGAAUGUGUUUGAGGACGAUAUCAUCAUGAAUGACAAUGAAGAAGAGUUGGAUCAAGGUGAUAACCCUCACCCAGCUUCAUCAGCAGAAAUGAAGGCUGAUAUAUUUGAAGAUUUAAAGCAAGAUGACAACCUGUGUUCAAAUGUGUUUGAGGACAACAUCAUCAUGAGACAAAACCAGGAAGAGAUGGACCAAGGUGUUAACCCUGAUCUGGCUUCACCAACAAAUAUGGGUGUAGAUCAAGUCAAUUCGGUUUACGAGGAUAAUAUUAUGAUAAGAAAACGAGACGUUUCACGAAAUUUGGUAUCUGCAGGUGUUAUCCAGGAUGAUAUUGCAAUGUGGAAGGAUGUAACAACCACAAUCAAUGCGUCCCCUGAGAAUGUUGCUGCAAGACAAAAUGUCUUUGAGGAUCAAGUCAUGUUGAAGAACCAGCCUAAUGCAGCAUCUGCAAAAGCCUCAAACGUAUUUGAAGAUCACGUAAUUAUGCGCGCAGAUGCUGAGACAACCACCAGAUCUGUGGACAUUCAGGGUGCAAUUAACCCUAAAGCUUCGGUCUUCGAAGAUAACAUUAUGAUGAGGACUGAUUCUAAAAAUAGUGUCAAUGUCGUUAUUGAAGAUAAUUUAGUAAUGCGUGAAGGUGCUGGUAGAGCUCAAGACGCAAAGAGCUCUUUUGUUACCGAAGACCAUGUAAUACUCCGAACAUCAAAUGGAAAUUCUGAUACAAAAGUUGGACCAUCCAGUAGACCAACUAACCAACAAUCACGGAUAAUUAUUGAAGACCAUUUAUUACGAAAACGCCGUGCAGCAAAUAGUGAUGCAAAGGACUCAAUCUUUGAAGAUAACUUUAUACUCCAAUCUGACAAUGCACAUUUAUCUUCUAGACCUGCAGCUGCACAUGAGAAGAAUAACAAACAAUCAUUUGUAGUAAUUGAAGAUCACCUUUUACGAAAACGACGGGCAGCAAAUAGUGAUGCAAAGGACUCAAUCUUAGAAGAUAACGUUAUGCUUCAAUCUGACAAUACACAUUCAUCUCCUAUAGCUGCACAUGAGGAAGAUAACCAACAAUCAUUUGUAGUUACUGAAGAUCACUUUUUACGGAAACGACAGACAGCAAAGGACGGGACAAAGGACUCAAUCUUAGAAGAUAACGUUAAGCUUCAAUCUGACAAUACACAUUCAUCUCCUACAGAUGCACAUGAGAAAGGCAAUAAACAAUCAUUGAUAAUUAUUGAAGAUCACUUGAUACGGAAAUAAGGGGAAUCGCAUAAUCAUGCGUUAAAUCAACUCAAGUGCUAUGGUAAAGACUGAAUUUUAACAGAUUUCAAGUAUGCUUAUUUAUGUAGCAUACCUUAAUUCCGUGGGUAUUAUUCUUCAAAUGGGAAGAAAAUAUGAGUUAUAGUGAUGAAUAUGUUAUUUGUUUUUAGAUUUAUUUAGCAUUGCCUAAUUAAAUUGUUGUCGCAUUGUCUGUAUGUGACCAACACAAU